AUAUGACAGUGGAAAAGGAGAAUAGGCUUUGCGCGUUGGGUACGGUGACAGCUUUGAAUUUCAAUUACAAUUCAACGUCUGCAUCUCGUCGUCCAUGUCGAUAACCGGCAUCCAGGGGCAACCUCUUGAGGUCACCGUUGUGUCGUGUUCCAAGUUGAAGGAUACUGAAUGGAUUUCAAGGCAAGAUCCGUACGUUUGUGUCGAAUAUGGCAGCACUAAGUUCCGAACCAGAACAUGCACAGACGGCGGAAAAAAUCCUGUAUUCCAAGAGAAAUUCAUCUUUCCCCUCAUCGAAGGCCUUCGGGAGAUCAAUGUCCUUGUUUGGAACAGCAAUACUCUCACCUUCGACGAUUUUAUCGGAAGCGGAAAGAUUCAAUUGCACAAGGUUCUUUCUCAAGGUUUCGAUGACUCUGCUUGGCCACUUCAGACCAAAUCUGGCAGAUACGCUGGGGAAGUAAAAGUCAUAUUGCAUUAUGCAAUUGCAAGUCAAAGGCAGCAGAAAUCAAGCUCAAGCCAUACUCCAUCAGCACCUCCCUACGUCCCAACAGCAACUCCCUCCGUUCCUUCAUAUUCUACUUCCUACCCACCACCUCCUUACCAUCCAACUGGAUCUUACCCACAAGUAGCAUCAACACUUUCAUACCCUCCACCUCCCACAGCUUACCCCCCCUAUCCUUCACAUUCAUCUCCCUAUCCACCGCCCUCAUAUCCUGCUUCAUCUCCCUAUCCACCAUCCUCAUAUCCUCCUCCCCCUUCAUACCCCCCUGCUUCAGCUUAUCCACCACCUGCAGCCUAUCCUCCUGGAAUAUACCCUCCACCACCAUACUGAGUCUGUCAGGGAUCUGCUACAUUCUCUUAGCAAGGAAGCAACAUGCCUUGUAUAUGACUUGUAUAACCUUCUUCCAGCUUUAGUUGUUAUCAGAAACUCUUGUUUUUUCUGUUUCUUAUAUUUUUACUUAAGGAGUGUUUCUUCGAUGUAUUUAGUUUGUAGUCAUGACUUUAUCAUAUCUUAAAAGCCUAGCCAAGGUGGAUUUGUAGAACAAAAAUUUGAUGCAACAGUACAAUUUACAGGUGUGUUUGUUUUUCAUUUACGUCACUGCA